AUGAAGGAGACCCCAUUAAAGACUCAGCCGCAUGUCCUGCACGAGUCCCAGAGUUCUUUAACGAUGAAGCAGCCACCUUUAAAGACUCAGCCGCAUGUCCUGCACAAGUCCCAGAAUUCUUUAAAGAUGAAGCAGCCACCUUUAAAGACUCGACCGCAUGUCCUGCACGAGUCCCAGAGUUCUAUAAAGAUGAAUCAGCCGCCAUUAAAGACUCGACCGCAUGUCCUGCACGAGUCCAAGAAUUCUUUAAAGAUGAAUCAGCCGCCAUUAAAGACUCGACCGCAUGUCCUGCACGAGUCCAAGAAUUCUUUAAAGAUGAAUCAGCCGCCAUUAAAGACUCGACUGCGUGUCUUGCACGAGUCCCAGAAUUCUUUAAAGAAGCUUCAUCGACCACCUAUGAUGCAACAACCUGAUCUCGCAUCACCGCAAAUACCUGCAAAGCUCUCGACGGUCCAUCAAUUCCCUGCGAUAUCGGACACUGGCGGGCAAAAAGCUCAAGGUUCUCAACAGGCUGUGAGUAAUGGUCAACAAAUCAACAAGGUGUCUAAGAAGCCUCUCGAGGUCUCAGCUACGACGAAGAGGAAGAAGAAAGGCAAAGGUAAAAGCUCAAAAAAAUCCCAUAAAUCCUCGCACAAAGAUAAGAAAGGACACAAACUCCGCGAGGGACACAAAAAAGGGAACGAACAUAAAGAAAUUGAGGAAGGACAUCACAGAAAGAAACACAAGCAGGAUCAUCACAGCAAAGGGGGUGAGAACGAAGAUUCGAAACACAAUGAGGAACAUCACGACGGACAUCACAAAAAGGGCAAAUUGGGCAAAAAAGGACAUGAAAAAGGGUCACAAAGCCAUCAUCACAAAGGACAUAAGGACAACGGCUUCAAGGCUGUGCAUCACAAAAAAGAAUUUAUGAUCCACAAGAAACACUAUAAGGACGUUGACGAUAAGGAGUAUCACGGGGACCACGAUCACUUCGACAAAUUCUUCGAGAAAUUCAAAAAAGGCAUUUUUGAAGGAGGAGCCUUCGAGGGCGACAAACAUCACAAGAAAAAUCAAAAGGAAGGUCACCAUAAGAAAGGGCGCCACCAGCAUCACAAUAUCGGUCUUGAUAAGGACAAGAUUGAUGAGGGUGAACACGUUCAUCACAGCGAAUAUGAGCACGAUGAGGGUGAACACGAGACUCAUCACUCUGAUGAUGAAGGUCACUAG